UCCGCGGUACACCACAACUCAUCUUCUUCCUCCUUCUGGGGUUUUAGCCGCUUAGACUUGUAAGAGAAGAAACCCAAAACCCUCCUCUGAGCGCGAUCGAGGAUGCGAAACCCUCGGAGCUUGAUCUCCCGCGCCCUCCUCCUCCCCCGACCUCUCCUCCCCCCUCCCCCUCCUUCUCCGGCGGCGGCGGCGGCGGCGGCGGAUCGGAGGAUCGGCGGAGGCCCCGCCUCGUCGUCGCCACCGCGGACGCGGCGGUGGAUCCCCGGAGCCCCCGCCGUGGCGCCGCUGGGGUCGAGAACGGUCCCCGUGGGGCUCGCCGGAGCGCUCUCGUUGUCGCUGACGCUGGUGACCGCGGCGGAGGCGAAGGAGCCGCCCCCGCCGGAGCUCGUCCCCAAGGACGUCGUGCUCUACCAGUACGAGGCGUGCCCCUUCUGCAACAAGGUUAGAGCGUUUUUGGAUUACCAUGACAUACCGUAUAGAGUUGUGGAGGUAAACCCUUUAAGUAAGAAGGAGAUUAAGUGGUCCGACUAUAAGAAGGUCCCAAUCUUGGUUGUAGAUGGUGAACAGCUGAUUGACUCCUCAGGUUCUUAUAAAUCGUUCCAAAGUAGCAAAAUUAUUUUAUCUUUGUUCUUUUCUUGUUCUUUUCCUUUACCGUCUUGCACUUGGUUUGUCUUAACAGAUAUAAUUAAUAAGCUAAGUAAGAGGAUUAGUACAGAUGACUUUGUAAUUGGCGAGGAGGAAGCCAAGUGGCGCAGGUGGGUUGAUGAACAUCUGGUGCACCUUUUAUCACCAAAUAUAUACAGGACUACUUCGGAGGCCCUUGAGUCAUUUGAUUAUAUUGCUAAACAUGGUAACUUUAGUGCUACCGAGAGGUUUACUGUAAAAUAUGCUGGGGCUGCUGCAAUGUAUAUGGUAUCUAAGAAGUUGAAGAAGAAAUAUAACAUCACUGAUGAACGUGCUGCGUUGUAUGAAGCUGCAGAGACCUGGACGAAAGCUCUUGACGGAAAAGACUUUCUUGGUGGUUCCAAGCCUAAUCUAGCUGAUCUUGCGGUCUUUGGUGUUCUAAGACCCAUCCGAUACCUACAGGCUGGUAGAGAUAUGGUGGACAAUACUCACAUUGGUGAAUGGUAUCAGAGGAUGGAAAAUGCUGUUGGAGAGCCUUCGAGGAUCAUGGCAUAGCAUGCAAAUCGUUGGUAUUUGUAUCUCUCUUUGCUUUGCUUUACCACCAAUUAAUGAGAGUUUUGGAGGAACCUCGUCACGCAUUUAAUGUGUUUAGGCUGUUGUAAUCUGCUCAAAUUUUGAUUGCUGAUUAUGACAUAGAAGAGUGUGGAAUAAUUUAUCAUCACCACUACAGUAUUUAGAAACCUGAGCUUGUGUUGAAACUUCGAUUUUGUUUGUUCGUUUACGAUUAAAAUAGAUUAUUAAGAUGGAAUAAUAAACAGUUGAUUCAUUAAGGGCAGUUGGAGGCAAUAACUUGGGCCUUGUUAGUGAUCUUUUGCUUUGCGUUCUUUGCAUCUGUUGUUUAUCCGUGGAUUGUUUUAUACACUCAUGGUUAUUUGAA